CGGUGCUCGGACUGUGCGUUGCUGACGAACAAAAUUAUCGUUGGUGCCUGCACUCGCACAUCCCUAGAUUUAAUUCCGGCUUCUUUCCUUUUCUCCUAAACUUGAUCAGUCACAAAUUCAUGCUUAAGAGGCACCCCUGACCCAGCUAAUAAAUUGUACAAUUGUAAUUUGUCCUCCUUCCCGGUACUUUGGGCACUGCAGACCAGAUCUCAUUCUGUCCCUGCCCCUGCCACCAUGGCCUUGUCCUCCCUGUACGGCGCCCUUUUGGGCCUGGUGAUAUUGUAUCUGGUCAAGCUUGUCGUGUUUCCCAAGCAAACAGCAGCGCCUCUGCCUCCGGGCCCCAAGCCGAAACCGAUCAUUGGAAAUCUGGCGGAUCUGCCGCCACCGGGACAGCAAGAUUGGAAGUAUUGGAUGCAGUUCAAGAAGCUCUAUGGUCCCAUCAGCUCGAUCACUAUCUUUGGCCAAACCAUUGUCAUCAUCAAUGAGCCUCGCAUCGCGUUCGAUCUCCUCGAGAAACGCUCGGCCAUUUACUCCUCUCGACCGAGGAUGGUCUUUGCGGGAGAAAUGGUGGGAUGGGAGGAUAUCCUAGCCAUGCAGACCUACUCCGAUCGGUUUCGCGCGUACCGCAAAGUGAUGCAUCGAGUUCUAGGCUCGAAGGCGGUUACAUCGCGCUUUAAUGCCCUGCAGGAUAUUGAAAUCCGUCGGUUCUUACUGCGAGUGCUACAGAAACCAAAUGAUCUGGUUCAACAUAUCCGGACGGAGGCCGGCGCUGUGAUUCUCAAAAUUGCGUAUGGCUACACGAUCGAGCCUCAUGGUCGCGACCCCCUUGUCGACUUGGCAAACCAGGCGAUGGAUAAUUUCUCCGUCGCGGGGACUCCGGGGGCGUGGCUAGUUGACGCCAUCCCUUUAUUAAAAUACAUCCCAUCAUGGUUUCCCGGUGCCGGAUUUAAACGCACCGGCAGCAGCUGGCGCAAGAACCUCCUUACCACUAUUGAGAAACCCUACCGGCUAGUUCAGAAGCAGAUGAGCCAAGGCUCCUAUCCCCCCUCCUAUCUAGCCAGCCUACUCGAGGAAGGAGAUGGCAAGUUCACGCCGGAAGAAGAGCUUGUGAACAAAUGGACCGCGGGGUCGCUGUACACCGGUGGCGCGGAUACUACUGUAUCUGCCCUCUCCUGCUUCUUCCUCGCCAUGGCCCUACAUCCCGAAGUCCAAGCGAAAGCCCAAGAAGAAAUCGACCGCGUGCUCGGCCCCAAUAAACUUCCUACCUUUGACGAUCGCGAGAGACUACCCUACAUCGAGGCCGUCGUCAAGGAGACACUCCGAUGGCAUCCAGUUGCACCAAUGGGCAUCCCGCACCUCUGCACCCAAGACGAUACCUACGAGGGACAUCUCAUCCCGAAGGGUGCAAUCAUCAUGCCGAACAUCUGGGGCUUCACGCACGACGAAAACACGUACAACGACCCUGCAGCGUUCAACCCCGAACGAUUCCUCGGUCCCAACCCCGAACUCGACCCGCACACACUAUCCUUCGGCUUCGGUCGGCGCAUCUGUCCCGGUCGCUUCCUCGCCGACUCGACGAUUUUCGGAACCAUUGCACAGUCCCUCGCUGUGUUCAACUUCUCGAAGGGAGACACUCACGAAACAAAGGCUGAGUUCUUGCCUGGCGUUGUCAGUCAUCCCGUGCCGUAUCGACUUCAGGUUGAGGCGCGCAGUGAGGCGCAUGACGAGCUGAUUCGACGAGUGGAGGUUGAGUGUCCGUGGGAGAAGAGUGAUGCAUGGGAGAUCGGGCAAAUUGAAUGCUAAUUGACAGGAUUGAUGAUUUUAUUCUCAUGUUUUUCGUUAUGUUUAUGGUUUAUUAAGUAAGAUCAGGAGGGAACUGGGUAAGGGCUGGUUAGCAAGUAGGUGUCGGGGCAAUGGGUGGUUUGUCUUCGUUUGUUUUCAGAAUUGGGUGACAACAUAUAAUCAUCUGCAACGCGACAAGUUUGCUUUCUUC